CCCUCUAAGUCACGCGUCGUUACUCACCACAUCUGCUCCUCGAUCCGCUCUUUCGACAAGUCACUAGACCAGGGACGGAACAAAAGCCACAUGCAUCCGCGCAAAAGCAUCGCCUUGUUGCAGAGCGUUCACCUCAUCGCAAACGCAAGUCGCGCGACCUUCAACAACGACCUUAGCCGCUCGAGCGCGCGCACGAUCACAGCGUCGGCGACAAGGCUCUCUAAUACUGGCGCUAUUCGUUUGACAUCGUGCCACACGGGCUGCAACUCUGCCACACGCCAUUCGUCCGACAACGUCCAGCGAAUUUCAAGUCGCUCCUUGGCGCUGUUUGGGCGACGCCUUAGCAGUGGUGCCUUGACACGCAAAGACCCUCCUCGACCGCACCACAUUGACUCUGCUCCUUCCUGGACAAGUAGACGCAUUUCUGCAGAAAGGACGAUGGCAGAAGAGGCCGAGGUGCAAGAGGGACAAGGUGGAAAGAGGCGCAGUGGACGAAGCGCAGUGAAAGCUAUACAGAGUCAGAGUGGCCCAAAAGGGAAAAGAAAGGCUGCGAGCGAGGCUGAUGCGAAAGUAAAAGCGAACCAGCUUGCCGCUUCUGAUUCUGCGAGUGGACAGGACAGGAGAAGGAAGUCUAAGAAAGUGGAUGAGAGCGAGAAGGGUGAAGCAGAGGAAGAUAGCGAGCUUAGCAGCGCCGAAGAGGUGGCGCCAGUUCGCAAGAAAGCAAAGGUGUCCCAGAGCAAAGGCAAAGAGAAUGGCGCCGUCGAUGGAAAAGUCUCUCAAAAAGCCCGCGGCAAAGUUGCCUACGCUUGGCACCCUUCCGCUCCGCAAGGAGGGACAGCUUUGGAUACUUUGGCGGACGAAUCUUUGCCCAAGAAUAUGAGCUUGCCGGAUGAUUUGAAGUUGGACAGGGCGAGAAAGGAACUGCCGGAAGAGCAAAAGAGGAUUGUGGUUUGGAACAUCACUAGUCUGAACAGUGCGGAGAAGAAGGGAAUGACGAGGUAUCUGAACGAAGAGGAUGCUGAUUUGGUCUUUUUAAGCGAGACGAAGUGCAACGAGAUUCCCACAUUCAACUCGUUCAAGACGUUGUAUCCUCAUCAAACCUGGAGCGUCUCUUCAACAAAAGGUUACGCUGGCGUAGCUCUUCUGAGCAAGAUGAAGCCUCUCAGCACCUCGACGACGCUCAAGCUUCCUCUAAUAGACUCGUCCGAAGCACGCGCGGUGCAUGAACACUUUGGCAGCGGUUUGCUUCAAGAGGUACCCGAUGACGAAAAGAUCGAAGAGGAAGAUGUGUUUGCUUUUGCCAAGAAUGCAAAAGAGGCACAGGCUUUUGAGAAGGAUGUGGCAAAAGGAAGAAUUGUCACUGCUGAAUUCGAGAAUUGGAUAGUGGUUGGGACGUACGCUGUCAAUGCUGGCGAAGGUCUCAAAUCCCUCACAACAAAGCGCAAAUGGUCAGCUGCGCUCUCUUCACACCUGCAGGCAUGUCAAGCGCGAAAACGCACCAUAUGGUGCGGAGAUUUGAACGUGGUGAUGGAUGCGAGAGAUCUGAGCGCGGCUAGCAAAAAAUGGAACAAAUCGCCUGGAUAUACGGUUUGGGAAUGCGAGGCGCAUAGGCGGCUUCUCGGUAGGUCCGUAACGUCGACGAACAUUGAGGCCAGCAAGAAUGGUGAUGCGGAGAAGGAGAAUGCAGGAGAGGAGAAGAAGAAGGUUGCUUGGACGGACGUUUGGAGAGAUUUGCAUCCCAACGACGUCGGUCAUUACACGUUCUAUGGCUUCAGAGGAGCUUGCAGGGUCAAAGGAAUAGGUUGGAGAUUGGAUUCCUUCAUACUGUCUCCCGGCGCAAAGGAUAAAGUCAAGGCGUGCGAGAUUCGUCACGAGAUCUAUGGUGCGUCCGAUCAUCUACCCAUCUUUCUCGACGUGGAAUGGUAAAACACGGCAAGCCUGGCCGUCUUCGCACUAGUCCAGGCCUGCUCUCGCGAGCCGUCGAGUCUUGUGAUGCAACACAUCCUCAAACCUCGCUACGCCAUGACGUUGUGCCCUCGUGUUCGCAUCUACACGAUCUGCGCAUUUGCGCGUGAGGAUACGUUUUGGGCCACAGCUGCCCCCCCUGUCGUCUAGCCAAGCUUUGUUGUGCGAGCGCAAGCUGAUAGAAGUCAUGGUGCAAAGUGUGGUAUAGAUUGCGAAAAUCAAAUGC